GAUGGCAGGCGAACCGUGACCACGUAUACAACAGCGACAAUAAUGAGUGUACAUCCCAUGUAUAGGCAGGCGUGAUGUGUUUGGGACACAUGAGGAUUGGAUUAGUACGUCUUUCACGCGAAUGACUAUAUACCUCAAAAGGUCCGAUUUAAUCUUAAAUCCGGAUAAUUCCACGUAAAUGGCUCAAGCUGAGUUAUCUUACAUAAAGUUAGAUGAGAACACGUAUCGGUUGCAAUAUUCAGAUGUCAAGCAGAUUGUAGUUUAGAUGAUUAUAGCGGAUGCAAUUUGAUUAUUCGAAGAUUUGGAGCUGAUCAAAAUAGCAGUAUCGGCCAUCAUGGCGAAUGAUUUAUCAAGAUCAUUUAAUGGAACCUGGCAGCCUACAUCAACACGACCUGACAGCGUGACACCGACCAGGGAAUAUGUCACAGAGAUCAAUGAGCAGAUGCCUAACAGUGACUUUGCCUCCGACCUUGCUCAGUUCUACCCUCACGCUAGCGACGCCGACAAACAGCGCUGCUUGGAGCUCCUCGCGUCCAUGACCAUCACCGAUCGGAUGACACACCGUGUUGCCAGGGAAACGGAGAAGAAGAAGAUACUUCAGAGACCAAAAACAGCUAUCGGAUCGUACGGACGACCUGGUACACCGGGGGCAAGGGUAAAAAAGACGAUGACGUCAUACCGGAACGACUAUCCCGUGAAACCAUUCACUCAUCAUCAAAAUGCAAGACCGAGCACAACAAACACCGCGUAUCGGAAGUCAUUUGACCCCAGCGGACCAGUAGGAAUGACCCACUAUAACGAUGUCCAUGGCGACAAGGGGUACAACAAGGCGGAACCCUACCACAGGACCGGAUCUUCAUCGGGAGCGAGGAAGAACAACCCUCAUCCAUUCGAGUCUUUCAUGGUUUGGAAGUUGCCAAAGAACGCCCUCAACGACCAUGACCAGCUCUAUCCUCACCCCCUCACCGAUCAGAUGAUGGAGGAGAUUAUGAGGGAUAAGUGUCUCUCUACCUAUCAGACGGACUAUCUCGGGAUACCUCAGGGUUACCAGGUACGGACCGCUAUGGAAGACUAUGUAGACUGGAGAGAGAAGGUCCCAUACAGCCACGAGUCUACUACCAGAGCCAUAUACCAGGCACCUAGACAACAUAAAGAUCUCACUAACAAUAUAUCCCGCUUCGGCUGCAAUAGGAACAUCAAUAGACCAUCAACAGGCAUAGUUCCCAAUACUAGUACCGCUCGUCACGAGAUGCAUCUACGUAAAGCAACGAGCUAUGAUCACUUCUACAACAAGCCAUUCAAACCAGGCACAGAACAACUCAGCAAAGCACUAGCUAAAGGAAAACUUGAUGAGUUCUUACGACUUGCUGAUGAAAAAGAUCGUGAUGCUGUACAAUCAAUCGUUCGCAAGCUCAAGAAGCAACCCGAGCCGACCAAGGAAUCCGAAGAGGCUGAAGCUCUCCGCCUAUCUGGUAUGUCACCUACCCGACCGGUAACCGCGAAACCUAUAACUAAAUUUAGUUGGAGAUCAUCUUGGACCGGGCCGCUAUAAAUUCAUAUGAGAAAAUAAAAUCACACCAUUUGGAGUGGAAUCUUUGCUGAAAGAUUUAUUCAAUCACUACUUAGGAGUGGAUUUUACUAUGUAUUGGAGUGGAUUCAAGUCCAAAGAGACUAAAAGAGUGAUCCAUCAAUGACUGUUCAACAUCUCUGCAUCAAGAGAGAACACGUGUGAAAUCACAGGGUAUAUUGUGUGACCCACUGGAAACGGCUGACUUUAUACCCUUGAUAAUCUCGUUUGUCAUUAACACAAAUAAUAGAGGGUAUUAAAGUAUUAUCAAUAAAAACUUUACUUUCGAAAGAGAGACAUGGAGAAA